UUCUUGGAGCCUUGCGGGAGAAAGUGCCGCUACGUGCACUCGGAGCCUGCAGGGUCUGUCUGUCCGCUCCAGCCAAAGUCCGCCGUCUGCGCGCAGUGGCGCCGGCUUCCCUGCACGUGCUGUUGCGGAGAAUGCCCUAGGGGUGGCCAGCAUUGGGUGGCAUGGGAGGGACAUGGUCAAACCCGUCUCUCUGCAGAUGGCAUCGGGUAGUCCUGAUGCCCCUUGUUCCUGUGACUGCUUUGUCUCGGUGCCCCCGGCUUCAGCCAUCCCGGCAGUGAUAUUUGCAAAGAAUUCGGACCGACCUCGAGAUGAGGUGCAGGAAGUGGUGUUCGUACCAGCAGGCACUCACACCCCUGGGAGCCGGCUCCAGUGUACCUACAUCGAGGUGGAACAGGUAUCAAAGACACACGCUGUGAUUCUGAGCCGCCCUUCUUGGCUGUGGGGGGCUGAGAUGGGUGCCAACGAACAUGGUGUCUGCAUUGGCAACGAAGCUGUGUGGACCAAGGAGCCUGUUGGGGAAGGGGAAGCCUUGCUGGGCAUGGACCUACUCAGGUUGGCUUUGGAACGGAGCAGUACUGCCCAGGAGGCCGUGCAUGUGAUCACAGGCUUGCUGGAGCGCUAUGGGCAGGGGGGCAGCUGCCGUGAGGACCCCACGCCAUUCUGCUACCACAACACCUUCCUACUGGCUGACCGGAUGGAGGCCUGGGUGCUGGAGACAGCUGGCAAGCUGUGGGCUGCUCAGAGGAUUCAGGGGGGUACUCGAAACAUCUCCAACCAACUGAGCAUUGGCACAGACAUCUCGGCUGAACACCCCCAGCUCCGAAGUCACGCCCAGGCUCAGGGCUGGUGGGUUGGACCGGGCACCUUUGACUUUGCACAGGUUUUCUCCCUGACACAGCAGCCUGUGCGCAUGGAGGCCGCCAAGGCCCGGUUCCGGGCUGGCUGUGAGCUGCUGCAGCAGCGGCAAGGGAGCGUCACCGCAGAGGCGAUGAUGGACAUUCUCAGGAACAAGGACAGUGGCAUCUGCAUGGACUCUGGAGGGUUCCGCACCACAGCCAGCAUAGUAUCUGUCCUGCCCCAGGAUCCCACACGACCCUGUGUCCACUUCCUCACUGCCACACCAGACCCAUCCAGGUCGGUGUUCAAACCUUUCAUCUUUGGUGUGGGCGUGGCUCAGGCCCCACAGGUACUAUCUCCUACUUUUGGAGCCCAGGACCCUGUUCGGAUCCUGCCUCGAUUCCAGACUCAGGUGGAUCGUCGACAUUCACUCUACCGUGGACACCAGGUGGCCCUGGGGAUGAUGGAGAGUGAGCAGGCACGGGGACAGCAGCUCCGGCAGAAGCAGCGGGACUUGGAGCAGGAAGGCUUGGAGGCUGUGCGUGGACUGCUGGCCUGUGAACAGACCCCACUUCCCCAGGAUCUGGGCAGCCUCUUCCAGGCCUUUGUGGAGAAGGAGUGUCAGGCCUACACCUAAGCACUAAGCUUGUAGCUCCUCCUGGUCCACUGAGUGCAGGAGCCCUGGGGCCAGAUGCUCUGAGCUGGUGGGGGGUAGGGUCAGUGAUCCCUUUGUACCCCUCAGCUGGGUUCUGAGUAACCUUUGCUUUAAUAAAGUGUUUUAUUUCCUUGCUCAGUGAA